AUGGCACCCAAACUCCCCACCAGCUGGGCGCAAAUUCCGCCCUCCUUUCUCCUCCCCGAAUCUCUCCUCCCUCUCAUAACCAAACGUGGUGUAAAAUAUGGCUGGACAACCGCCCCUCCUCGCUCCCACCCCGAACGCUUUAACCAGCAAACUGCUGGAUUGCCCAUCCUCUCCGCCUCCUCCACCGCUGCUCUCGCCCGCAAAGACUUUACUCUCCCAUUACGCACGGGUGCCCUCGGUAUCAAAAAAGGCAUGACCGCCCUCUACGACCCCGAAACCGGCGUUCGCACACCCUGCACCGUUGUGCAACUCGAUCGCGUGCAAGUCGUUGCUCACAAAACCCGAGAAAAGAACGGCUAUUAUGCGGUACAAGUUGGUGCUGGCUGGAAACACCCUAGCAAUGUUACGAGGCCCGAAUUGGGACAUUAUGAAAAGAGUCAGGUUGCGCCUAAGAGGCAUAUGGCCGAGUUUCGUGUGAAGAAUGAGAGUGGAUUACUAGAUGUUGGAAGGAGCAUUGGAGCAGAAUGGUUCAUAGAGGGACAGUUUGUGGAUGCGAGGGCGAAUAGUAGGGGAAUGGGAUUUGCAGGAGGAAUGAAAAAAUGGGGAUGGAGUGGUCAACCGGCUAGUCACGGUAACUCUAAGAAUCACAGGACGAUGGGUAGUGCAGGUGCAAGUCAGGGAAGUGGUUCGAGAGUUCACCCAGGAAAGAGGAUGGCGGGGCGAAUGGGAAACCAUCAGGUUACGAUUCAGAACGUUAAGGUGUUGAAGGUGGAUGCUGAGAAGGGUUUGGUCCUUUUGAAUGGAUGUAUUGCGGGCCCAGAUGGAUGUGUGGUGAAGAUUCAAGAUGCCAUCAAGAAGCCAUGGCCAAAGGUAGCAUCGAUACCCGCUUUGUUGGAAGAAGUUAAGGAAUCAGCGACAACAGCUGCUACUGCGGCAUGA